AUAAUUAAAUAAAUAAAAUAUAGGAAGAAAUAAUUAAGAAAUAAUUUUAAGAUUGUUUCAGAUAAAAAUAUAAUUUAUAGAAUUCUCUAUAAUCUUUAUAAGAAAAUAGAGAAGUAAAAUAAAAAGUAUGGGUGAACGUUAUAAUAUACAUAGUCAGUUAGAACAUUUGCAAUCUAAAUAUAUUGGAACUGGACAUGCAGAUACAACAAAAUUCGAGUGGCUUGUGAAUCAACAUCGGGAUUCUUGUAGCUCAUACAUGGGACAUUAUGAUUUAUUAAAUUUUUUUGCAAUCGCUGAGAACGAAACUAAGGCACGUGUGCGAUUUAAUCUUAUGGAAAAGAUGCUACAACCUUGUGGUCCUCCUCCAGAGAAGCCAGAAGAUUAAACGGUUUUGAAAAUAAAAUCAUAUUUAAGAUUUAAGUAUAUUCUUAAGUAAUGAUACAUAUGUUAGACAUUUAAGUUUUUAAAUAAAUAUUAUUAGUUAAAUAUA